GAACGGGGAGUGCAGGCGGGAGCUUUUCGAGACGCCGCCCCGGGAACACAAGGUGUCCUUCUCCACCGAACCUCCGCGGGGGUCCUCCCCGGGGAAAGACACCGAGGAUGGCGAGGCCGGAGAAGGGGAUCCUCGGUCCGGCUUUAUGCAGCGCCAGCUUUCUGCCAUGCUUCAACCCGGGGUCAACAAGUUCUCCCUUCGGAUGUUCGGGAGCGAGAAAGCGGUGGAGAGGGAGCAGGAGAGGGUGAAAUCCGCGGGGGCCUGGAUCAUACACCCGUACAGUGACUUCAGGUUUUAUUGGGAUUUCACAAUGCUGCUCUUUAUGGUUGGGAACCUAAUUAUCAUUCCUGUGGGAAUCACUUUCUUCAAAGAGGAAACUACCAUACCAUGGAUCAUAUUUAAUGUGGUGUCAGACACCUUCUUUCUUAUGGACUUGGUUCUGAACUUCCGAACUGGUAUCAUUAUUGAGGACAACACUGAGAUUAUCUUGGAUCCACAGAAGAUCAAGCGCAAAUAUCUGCGCACAUGGUUCGUGGUGGACUUUGUGUCCUCCAUCCCUGUGGAUUACAUAUUUCUCAUUGUAGAAAAGGGCAUUGACUCUGAAGUUUAUAAGACGGCCCGUGCUUUAAGAAUUGUGAGGUUUACCAAGAUCCUCAGCCUCCUGAGGUUACUUCGACUUUCCAGACUCAUUCGGUAUAUUCAUCAAUGGGAAGAGAUCUUCCACAUGACCUAUGACCUGGCCAGCGCAGUGAUGAGAAUUUUUAACCUGAUUGCCAUGAUGCUACUGCUUUGUCACUGGGAUGGAUGUCUUCAGUUCCUGGUUCCAAUGCUCCAAGACUUCCCCAGUAAUUGUUGGGUUUCCAUCAACAAGAUGGUGAAUGACUCGUGGAGUGAACUGUACUCCUUCGCCCUGUUCAAGGCCAUGAGCCACAUGCUGUGCAUUGGUUACGGGCGCCAGGCCCCAGAAAGCAUGACUGAUAUCUGGCUUACAAUGUUGAGCAUGAUAGUGGGCGCUACAUGCUACGCCAUGUUCAUUGGACAUGCCACAGCUCUCAUCCAGUCACUGGACUCAUCCCGCAGACAGUACCAAGAAAAGUACAAGCAAGUUGAGCAGUACAUGUCCUUUCAUAAGCUGCCUGCCGAUUUUCGUCAAAGGCUUCAUGACUAUUACGAACAUCGUUACCAGGGGAAGAUGUUUGAUGAAGACAGUAUCCUUGAAGAGCUAAAUGAGCCUUUGAGAGAGGAAAUAGUGAACUUCAACUGCCGCAAGCUGGUAGCAUCAAUGCCACUCUUUGCCAAUGCUGAUCCCUGCUUCGUUACGGCAAUGCUGACCAAACUAAAAUUUGAGGUGUUCCAGCCCACGGAUUACAUCAUUCGGGAGGGAACCAUCGGCAAGAAGAUGUACUUCAUCCAGCAUGGUGUUGUCAGCGUACUUACCAAGGGCAACAAGGAGGUGAAGCUCUCGGAUGGCUCCUACUUUGGAGAGAUCUGCCUGCUGACACGGGGGCGACGGACUGCCAGUGUCCGCGCCGACACAUACUGCCGUCUCUACUCACUCUCUGUGGAUAAUUUCAAUGAGGUGUUGGAGGAAUACCCAAUGAUGCGGCGUGCAUUUGAGACGGUUGCCAUAGACAGACUGGAUAGAAUAGGGAAGAAGAAUUCCAUCCUCAUGCACAAGGUUCAACAUGACUUGAACUCAGGUGUCUUCAACAACCAGGAGAAUGAAAUAAUACAAGAGAUUGUCAAGUAUGAUCGGGAGAUGGUGCAGCAAGCUGAGCUCCAUCAACACCAACUAAGCGGUGGGAUGUAUGCCACAUGCAAUCCUCCCUCUCCUCAACCCCAGGUCCCAUCUGCCAUAGCAACUUUGCAGCAAGCUGUGGCCAUGAGCUUUUGUCCCCCAAUGGCCAGCCCACUAGUGGGUUCCCCGCGUAUAAUGAGGCGACUCCAAUAUGCCCAAGGAGGGCCUGGAGCUUUUUCUAUAUCCCCAGCUCUUUUCCAGCCAUCCCUGCAGCUCUUGCAGCAUCAUCCACCCCCCCAGCAGGUUCCACGUAGGCCAUCCACUGCUGUGCCCAGUCCCCCCAACCAAUCACCACGAGUGUCUCAGAACUUUGCCUACCCAGCCAGGCCUCGGGCAGGCUCACAACUUUCUCUUACCCAAUCUGGGGGUUCUGGUUCCCCACAACGUCUGUCUGUCCACAAGAGCACUCAUUCUCUGCACUCUGGCACACUCACGCGUGAGUCUCGACCCCUUUCAGCCUCACAGCCCUCACUGCCUCAGGGGGCGUCACAGCUCCGCAGUCCACCAGCUCCUCCUGCUACAACUGGCAGCUUAACCUCUCCGGUGGCCAAAGGAGGUUUGGGACCACAGGCUGGUCCAAGAGUACCUGCCCCUGCAAGACUUGCGCUCUCCCAUCAGUUGUCCUCUUCUGGUACAGUUGGUGGUGUCUCGGACUCUGCAGUAGGGACAUCGUUAGGAGGCAGGAAAGAUUCUGUGGUUAGUGCCCCAGAUUCUGACCCUGUUAGGGGACGGCUGUCUGCAAACUUGUGACUGAUGGGUGUACACGUUCCCUCACUCAAAUGGGUAGGUAAUGGAUGGUGCACAGUUGUUAUUAAGAUAGAAAAUAUAAUGUGCCCUCCUAGCCAUCUCUGUGCCACUUUAUUAAUAACUCUACUUGUUUAAAGAUUAGUAGCCAUACCUUUCCUCUGGAGUGGGGGUAUUAAUAUGUGGAAGUUACAAGAGAACUAGCAGUUAGAUCAGUAAAUGCCACUUCAGAAAGCAAUCCGCCACAUAACUCCUCCAGUGUUUACAAAAGUAGGAAAAUGCAGCACUGUUCAAUGUCACAGAUCUACCUAGAGCUCUGCAUUGAAAUGAAGAAGAGUGCAAAUCUUCUGAGGGUCUAAGGCAGCUGGUCUGCUGUCAGAAGGAAAGAGACUGCUGGUAUUUACUACUGAGUUUUUUUUUAGUUAUUUAAAUUAUAUAUAUAUAUAUACACACAUAUCAAAAACUCUUUCGCUGGUAGAUCCUCACUCUGAAUUCGCAAAUUGAAAAAGCUACAACGAAUAUUACUUAUGCCCAAAGCAAGCCAAUUUCGUUAUGCAAACUGCAGGCAGUUUGACCUAGCUAUUGGUCCUUUCCAGGACUUUAACUACCCAGUGACAGUGUCACCUAUGGAUGUCAUGAUAAGCACCUAUAUUUAUAUAACCAUGCAUACAUUUAUUUUAGUUUGUAAUCAUGUUUUAUUUAGGAGGAGGUAAAUUUUUUUGUGUUAUGUCACCAUUUGUGCCCCCAUUUCCUUUCAGUGAGCAAAUCACCAACUGAAUAUAGGGAUUCAAAUUAGGCACUGCAAGUCCCAGUGACACACUACAUACUAUUAAUUGUAUUGACAGCAGUAACACUGCAUGUGGCUGUUGUAAAAAA